UUUCAUUUCAUUUUCCUACGGGGGAGAGAGAGAGAGAGAAACCAGAGAGAGAAAACGACAAUGCCGUUGGUGAGGUUCGAGAUACGGAACGAGCUCAGCUUAGGUGGGCCUGAGCUAAACCGUAGCCCCGCCGUGGAAUACGAGGAACCUAAAGCGAUUCUCGGCGCCGUUGAAGUUGCUGGACUCGUCGGGAUCCUUCGUCAGCUAGGCGAUCUCGCCGAAUUUUCGGCUGAAGUGUUUAAUGGGAUACAAGAAGAAGUGACUGUAACGGCUUCUAGGUGUCAGAAGCUGACAAGCCGUGUUAAGCGGAUAGACUCGGCGUUGUCACCUCUUGAAAAGGCUGUCCUCUCACAGACUAGCCACAUCCAUUUUGCAUACACUGCAGGCUGUGAGUGGCAUCCUCGUAUAAGGAAUGGGCAAAGGCAUUUUGUUCAGAGUGAUUUGCCACUUUGUGUUAUGGAAACAUAUGAACAGUGCAGAGAUCCUCCUCCUUUGCAUCUGCUUGACAGAUUUGAUGCAGGUGGUCCUGGGUCGUGUCUGAGAAAAUACUCAGACCCAACUUUCUUUAGAAAGGAAGUCGGCAACCAUAGUAAAGCAGAUGAUGUCAAGUCCCAGAAAGAUCAGACGCAUCGCAAAAGAAAGAAAAAGAGGUUACCGCAAAGAAACAUUUGCAGAUCACGUGCUGUGUCUACGUCCGAUGACACUAAUGGGGCUCGUCUCAGUUCUCUUACUGAUGACAUACCGACCACUUCUCAGAGUACUUCCACAGUUGACAUGCCCCGUAGCUCUAAUAUGCAGGAUCUAUCUGGCAGUAUAGAUCAAUCUCAUUUGCAAGAGCAGUCAAAUUCGCAAGAACAAAGCGAAGCACAAGUACAAUCAGAUUUACAAGAGUCAUCAAGACCUCGUGAUUCUAUAACUGGUUCAGGUUAUAUAGAGUAUGUCAUCAAUCACAGUCCUGUGAAUAAGCCUGACGUGAAGCUACUGGAGGGAUCUCUUCCUAGUUCCUUACAACCUGCGGAUAGAAUAGGUUCAGCUGUUCCUCAAGGCCGCGUUGAAGUUGUAGAUGACAAUAUUCUAUGUAGUCCCUCAAAAGAGAUAAAUGUGCCUUAUGCUUCUAUUGUUUGUGAUGAGAAGAAGGAAGCACUUGAAUCGAAGGCUGAGAAAAGUAACAAAGACGAAGAAGCGUCAGAGAUACAUGAGCCAAAAAUUGGUCCAGGAACACCAGACAGAGUGAAGCAAAAUCAAAGGGACUUUGAUAGGACGUACGAUUUUUUCGACGAGGUAUGUAUUGUGGGAGAAAAACAAAGUAAGAGCCAGGACAACAGUAUUGAUGAAAAGCCAAGAAUUGAGAGCGAAGAAGAAAAUACGAGUGAAGCAGAUGAGUUUGUAGAUGCACGUAAUACAAUUGAAUCUGAAUCAGAAAGUGAGCUUGAUGGAAUACCAAAACCAAAACUGGAGCAUUAUUUUGGGGACAUCAGCACUUAUUGUUCUGAAGAUGCUAGCAGUGACAACAAUGGUGGAUCAGAAGAUAUACCAUUUGAAGAACUGGUAGAAGAUCCACGCCAUGACAACUCCCUAGAUGAAUCUUGUUCAGUUUCCUACCCUCCUGAUGAUGCAAGUGUUUCUUGUUGCCAGUCAGAUCCAGUGUGUGGGAAAGUUCUGUCUCAUGAUGAAACUUUUCGAAAUCCAAGGGAAUUUUCUGCCAUGCGUCCUUGGUUGGCAGGAGACUGUGCUAGUGAAAAGAUCUCAUUUGAAGAACUUAUUUCCUCAGACAUGUCUCUGAAAGAUGCUAUUCCUGCUGAAAAGAUCUUGCCAGAAGAACAUCUGGCCAACUAUCCAUCUCUUGCAGAAGCUGUUUCUCAUGAAAAGAGCUUGCCAGGAGAGUCUGUUGCCAAAUACCCGUCUUUUGCAGAAAUUGUACCCUCUGAAAGGAUCUUUCCCGAAAACUCUCUUCCUGAAAUUCGGUCUUUGGCAGAAGCUGUGCCUGAAAAUAUGGCCCCAGCAGAAGAACCUGGUGCUGCUCAUCCAUCUUUUCCCAAAGCUGUUCAGGAAAAUAAAAUUUCACCUGAAGUUCUUGAUUCCACAGAUUUGUCUGGCACAGUGCCAGAAGCUGUUUCAGAAGAGCAAAUAUCAUUUGAAGGAUCUGUUAGUGUAUCUCCGUGUUUGGCAGAAGUUUUUCCUGAUGAAAGGUUCUUGACAGAAGAACCAGAAGAAAUUGCCACCGCAGGUAUGUCUUCGUCAAAGGUCAUGUCUGCAGAAAAAUUAUUCCCAGAAACAACUUUGGAAGCGCCUCAGGAUUUGCCUGAAGAAAAUAUAUUGCGAGAAAAAUCUGUUGAUUAUACACAUCCAUCUUGUGCCAAAGCUGUUUCUCCUAAAGAAAAUCUAUCACCACAAGUUCUUGAUUCCGCAAAUUUGUCUGUGGCAGAAGCUGUUUCACAUGAGCAGAUCAGACUUGAAGAGUCUGGUGGCAUAUGUCCGUGUUCGGCAGAAGCUGUUCCUGAUGAAAAUUUCUUGACAGAAGAACGAGAAGAAGCUGCCACCACAUGUAUUAUGUCUUCGUCGAAAGUCAUGCCUGUCGAAAAAUUCUUGCCAGAAAAACCUUUAGAAGCGUAUCAUUAUUUGCCAGAAUUGCCUCAAGAAAAGAUGUUGGCAGAAGAAUCUGUUAGUUCUGCUCCUCCAGACGAAAAUCUAUCACCGGAAGUUCUUGAUUCAACAAAUGUGUCUGCGGCAGAAGCUGUUCCACAAGAGCAAAUCGGACUUGAAGAAUUUCUUGGCAUAGAUGCGUAUUUGGCGAAAGCUGUUCCUGAUGAAAGGGGUUUGCCCGAAGAACCUGUCACCACAUGGAUGUCUUUGACAAAAGCCGAGGCCAAUGAAAAGAACUUGCCAGAAGAGCCUUUGGAAAGAUAUCCUCCUUUGGCAGAAUUGCCUGAAGAAAACAUUUUUCAUGAAGAAACUGGUGAUGCCACACAUUCAUCUGAGUCAGUUAUUGAUGAAAAAAUCUCACCAGAAGUUUCUAGUUUAUCUUUGGAAGAAACUCUUCCACAAGAGAAAAUCUCACUUGAAGAAUUUGUUGGCAUAGAUCCGUGCUUGGCAGAAGCCGUUCCUGAUGAAAGGCUCUUGCCAGAAGAAGCUGUCACCACAUGCCUCUUUUUGAGAAAAGCUGCUACAAUUGAAGAAGUCUUGCCAGAAAAACCUUUGGAAACAUAUCCCUCUUUUGAUGAAUUUCCUGAUGAAAAGAUCAUGCUCCAAGAGGCUGAUGAUGCCAUCCAUCUAUCUGUUUCUGAAGCUGUUAGCGAUGAACAAGUCUCACCAGAAGUUCCUGAUUCCACAAAUUUCCCUGCUGCUAUAGCUCUUCCGCAGGAGCAAAUCGUACGUGAAGAAUUUGUUGGCAAUCCAUGUAUGACGGAAGCUGUUCCUGAUAAGAGGGUUUUGCCAGAAGAACCUGUCACUACAUGUCUCUCUUUAACAAAAGCUGCGACAAUUGAAGGAGCCUUGCCAGAAGAGCCUUUGGAAACAUAUCCUCCUUUCGCAGAAUUGCCUGAAGAAAAGAUCGUGUUCGAAGAAGCUGAUGAUGCCACCCAUUCAUCUGUUUCUGAGGCUAUUAGUGAUGAACAAAUCUCACCAGAGGUUCUUCAUUCGGAAAAAUUUCCGGCAGCAGCUCCUCCGCAGGAGCAAAUCGCACUUGAAGAAUUUGUUGGCAACCUUUGUCUGACAGAUGCUGCUCUUGAUAAGAGGGGUUUGCCAGAAGAACCUGUCACUACAUGUCCCUCUUUGACAAAAGCUGCGACAAUUGAAGAAGUCUUGCCAGAAAAACCUUUGGAAACAUAUUUUUCUUUCGCAGAAUUGCCUGAAGAAACGAUUGUGCAAGACGAAGCUGAUUAUGCCACUCAUCCCUCUGUUUCUGGAGCUGGUAAUGAUGAAAAAAUCUCACCAGAAGUUCUUGAUUCAACAUUUUUUCCUGUGGCAGCAGCUCUUCCACAAGAGCAAAUCUUACUUGACGAAUUUGUUGGCAAUCCAUAUCGGGCAGAAGCUGUUCCUGAUAGUAAGGUUUUGCCAGAAGAGUCUGUCACCACAGGUAUGUCUUCAAUGAAACCGCAGCCUAUUCAAGAACUCUUGCCAGAAGAACCUGUAGAAGCGUAUGUUUCUUUGGAAAAAUCGCCUGAAGAUGAGACCUCACAAGAAAAAUCUGAUGAUGACACACGUCCAUCUUGUGCCGAAGCUGAAAGUAAUAAAAACAUCGUGCAAGAUGUUCUUGAUUCCGAAAUAUUGUCCGUAUCAGAAGCUAUUACACAAGAGAAAAUUGAACUUGAAGAAUUUGUUGGCGUAGAUCCUUGUUUUGCAGAAGCUAUUUCUGAUGAAAGGGUUUUGCCAGAAAAAGCUGUACCUGAUGAAAGGGUUUUGGCAGAAGAAGCAGCUGUUCCUGGUGAAAGGUUUUUGCCAGAAGAAGCUGUCACCACAAGUUCGUCUUUGACAAAGGUAGCGCCCAUCGUAAAGAUCUUACCAGAAGGACCGUUGGAUAUGUAUCCUUCUUUGGAAGAAUUGCCAGAAGAGAAGAUCUCAGAAGAAUUAGAACUUAAUGAUGACACACAUCCAUGUAUUUCUGAAGCUGUUGGUGAUGAAAAGAUCUCGCUACUAGAACAACCUGGUUCCACAUAUCCAUCUUUGGAAGAGUCUGUUCCGCCCGAGAAAACCUCAGAUGAAGAAACUGGUGGCACAAACCCAUUUUUGGAACUAGCUGUUCCCAACGUAAGCAGUUUUCAAGACAAUCAGGGCGUCGCACUUCAGUCUUCAGCAGAAGCUGUUUCUAAGGAAAAGAACUUGCCAGAAGAAUCCUUACUUGCAUAUUUUUCUUUGGCAGAAGAUGUUUUUGAUGAAAAGACCUCAGGCUCAGAAGCUCCUGGUUACACAACAGAAGCUGGUCCACACUACACUGAAGAACCUAUUGCCACGGAUCUGUCAUUGGACGAAUCUAUUUCAGAUAAAGAGCUCCCCGGCUUAGAAGCUCCUGCUCCCACAACAAAAACUGGCCCACACAACAAAUCUUUCCCUGAAGAACCUGUUGCCACAUAUCUCUCCUUGGCAGAAGCUGUACCUGAAGAAAAGAUCUCUCUAGAAGAAAUCUUUACCACAUGUCCACCGUCUGCAGAAGCUGUUUUUGAUGAAGAGAUUUCAGGCGCAGAAGCUCCUGGGUACACAACAGUAGCUGGUCCACACAACACUGAAGAACCUGUUGCCACGGAUCUAUCAUUGACCGAAUCUGUUUUUGAUGAAAAGAUCCCCGGCUUAGAAGCUCCUGUUUCCACAGCAGAAACUGGUCUACACAAUAAAACUUUCACUGAAGAACCCGUUGCCACCUAUCCGUCCUUGGAAGAACCUGUUCCAGAUGACAAUGUUCUGCCAAAAGAACCGGCCCCUGCAUUUCUGGAUUUGUCGGAAGGUAUUCCUGACCAACAAGUAUUUCUGGACGAUGCCGCAUUUCUAUCUUUUGCAGAAGCUAUUUUCGACCAAAAGUUCUCACCAGAAGUUCCCGAUUCCAUGGAUCUUCCUUCAAAAGACAGAUUGGGAAAAGAAGUUGAAACAUCAGAUGAUACAAUUGUUGAACCAGUAAAUAUAUGGAGCAAUGGGGGACUCCUUGGACUUGCGCCAUCGAAACCUCCAGUUUUUGCUGAGCCUAAGUCUGUAAGCGAACAUAUACAGAACGAGAUCAGUGAAGCUAGUGUUAUUGCUACAACUACAAGGAAGCAGGGAACAUCGAGCAGAUCAGUUGAAGAUACUGAGAAGAGUUCACUUCCGUUAGUUGUGUCAGAUCCCGGGGCACAAAAACAAAGCAACAUGUUGAGUCAUUCUAAUGGAUCUCUCUCUCCUCUGCAGAGCACUGCAACAUCAUUCAAAGUCUUUGGCUUGAGUCAUAGAUUACUCAUGGCUGGGUUUCGUGGAAACUCUUCCUCAACUUACAAAUUUGAAUCCAUACCUACUACAAGCUAUGAUACCAAAGCAGCAGCUAUCGAAGACAAGACUCAACAAACUCCUUCCCGUGGCCCUAGCUUUGAGGAACAAUUGGCUUAUGAAUCAUCUCUCUUUGGCUCGACUUCAUCACCACCUGUUGAACAUAUGAAAAUAUCAUUCAACCCAAUAGAUCCAUCCCCAGUUUCCAAAUUGAAACUGAGGAUCCCUUGCCAACCUCAGUACAACGGUGAAAAUGUGGACACGUUCCCUUCGUUUCAGUUAGUUCCAGAGGCUAGCAACUCCGAUAACGAUGACGACGAGAACAGCGACAUCUUUUGUCAGUCAUCUCCUGGUGUUUCAGACAAUUGCUUGUCGGAUUCUGAGCUGUGGGAAUCUGAUGAAAGCCCUAGAGAAUCUGCAUCAAGGUUGAAGCAAGGUGGACAAAGAAGCACACAUGGCGAUAUGGGUUCCUUUCCCGGUUCGUUUCUUGAUCUUCCAUGUUUCGACUCUGUAGAUCACCACUCCACCUUGCCAAGCGUAGAGCAAGAGCAAGAGCAAGAGCAAGAGCGAGAACAAGUUCCAGAAUAUAAACCAUCUGUUUCAGAGAUCAUCCGUGAUUGGCCACCAAACCAACCAAACGAAAACGCUGUUCUGAAGAAAACGCAAACUUAAUCCGUCAGGCUGUAGCUCCGGUUGAACGAUGGUGAAAGAUAAAAAGGUCGUUGUACAUUCAUUCCUCUCUGUGAAUCUAAGAUUCCAAAUCUCAUUUUAUGUAAUACAAAAACAAAAGUUAUCUAUCAGAAAUUCAAGUUAAUUCUCAGAGAAAAGAUAAAUAUAUUAUUUUUAAUUA